AUCAUCACUCACACAACACACAGUCACACAGACAACUCCAACAACCAUCAAAAAUGUCACUAACCUCCCUACUUUACCGGAAACUUCGCCGGACCUCUAACCACCACAAUUUCACCUUCAUUUUCACACACAUCCGCUCCGCAUCUUCCGCCACACAUAACAGCCGUAAAAUCGAAAAAAUACUUAUAGCAAAUAGAGGCGAAAUCGCGUGCCGGAUUAUGCGGACAGCCAAACGGUUAGGUAUACAAACAGUUGCUGUAUAUAGUGAUGCUGAUAGAUAUAGUCUUCAUGUUAAAUCAGCUGAUGAAGCUGUCUGUAUUGGUCCGGCGCCGGCGAGAUUAAGUUAUUUGAGUUCGAGUUCGAUUAUUGAAGCUGCGGCUCGUACCGGCGCUCAGGCUAUACAUCCAGGCUACGGUUUCCUUUCAGAAAAUGCGGACUUCGCUCAACUUUGUGAAAAUGAGGGAUUCACUUUUGUUGGACCCCCUGCAUCUGCAAUACGUGAAAUGGGUGAUAAAAGUGCAUCAAAGAGAAUAAUGGGUGCAGCAGGUGUGCCACUUGUGCCUGGGUAUCAUGGUCAUGAACAAGAUAUCGAUGUCAUGAAGUCAGAAGCAGACAAGAUAGGAUACCCUAUUUUAAUAAAGCCCACCCAUGGAGGUGGGGGAAAGGGUAUGAGGAUUGUGGAAAAUCCAAAAGAAUUUGUUGACUCAUUUUUAGGAGCACAACGAGAGGCUGCUGCUUCUUUUGGCGUAAACACAAUUUUGUUGGAGAAAUAUAUAACAAGGCCAAGGCACAUAGAAGUUCAGGUAUUUGGGGACAAGAAGGGCAAUGUUGUAUACUUGUACGAGAGAGAUUGCAGUGUGCAAAGAAGACACCAAAAGAUAAUUGAAGAAGCCCCAGCUCCAGAUAUCAUUAGCGACUUCCGAUCUCGCUUGGGUCAAGCUGCCGUAUCUGCUGCCAAGGCAGUUGGCUAUCACAAUGCUGGCACAGUUGAGUUCAUUGUUGAUACUCUCUCUGGGGAAUUUUAUUUUAUGGAGAUGAACACACGUCUUCAGGUUGAACAUCCUGUGACUGAGAUGAUUGUUGGUCAAGAUCUUGUAGAGUGGCAAAUUCGUGUUGCUAAUGGAGAAUCGCUCCCCCUUGAUCAAGCACAGAUUCCUAUAUUAGGCCAUGCUUUCGAAGCCCGAAUAUAUGCCGAAAAUGUGCCAAGAGGAUUUCUGCCCGCAACUGGUGUUCUUCAACACUACCGUCCCGUUCCAGUCUCAGAAAGCGUUCGAGUUGAAACGGGAGUUGAAGAAGGGGACACUGUAAGCAUGCAUUAUGACCCUAUGAUUGCUAAGCUUGUAGUGUGGGGAGAGAAUCGUGCUUCAGCAUUAGUUAAGUUGAAGGAUUCUUUAUCCAAGUUUCAGGUUGCAGGUUUGCCCACAAAUAUUGAGUUCCUCUACAAACUUGCUAACCACAAGGCAUUUGCAAAUGGUGAACUUGAAACUCAUUUUAUUGAUCAAUUCAAAGAUGACUUAUUCGUGACACCAAAUGAUUCAGUAUCAGCAGAGGCAGCAUAUGAUGCUGCUACAUACAGUGCAGCUUUAGUAGCUGCUUGCAUUUGUGAAAAGGAGCAUUCAUUAUUGAAAAAAAGCCCUCCUGGAGGAUUGUCUCUGUGGUAUACACAUCCUCCAUAUAGACUCAAUCAUCAUGCUACAACUACAAUAAAAUUAGAGUGGGAGAAUGAAUAUCGUGAUAACAACUCAGAGCACCUAUCUCUUUCCAUCAGUCAUCUGCCAAAUGGAAAUUACCUCGUAAAGAUGGGCGAACACAGCUCUCCUGCUCUUGAAGUCACAGUAACACACAUGGGUGACCAUGAUUUCAGAGUUGAGGCUGAUGGUCUAAGCAAGAAUGUGAAUCUGGCCAGUUAUAUUACGGAUAAGACUGAGCACAUUCACAUUUGGCAUGGUUCAAACCAUCAUCACUUUAAGCAAAAAGUAGGACUUGAUUUAUUGGAUAACCUUGAAACCCAUCAACAUCGAAAUCAUGAAUCGGCAUCACAUCCUCCUGGGACGGUUGUUGCCCCGAUGUCUGGUUUAGUGGUUAAGGUUCUGGUCAAGGAUGGAAUGGACGUCGAAGAAGGUCAACCUAUGUUGGUUAUGGAAGCAAUGAAAAUGGAGCAUGUGAUCAAGGCACCAGCCUCUGGCCUCGUAAGUGGGCUUCAAGUCACUCCUGGCCAACAAGUUUCUGACAAUAGUGUUCUAUUCAAUAUCAAGGCUGCAUAAACUUGAGUAUCACCCAGAUAACUGUAACAUAAGAUGACCAUGCAGCAGUCGAUUACUAUGGAGGUAAAGACCUACGUGGCUGUAUAUUAUUAUUAAAGAGUGUAAUACAUAGUACAGUUACAAACAAAUAACAACAUUUCCUACCUGAAUAAUGUAUUCUUAUUUAAUUUCUCUUAAUUCCAAGGUUAUUGAUAUAUCCA